AUGAGCACCCCCGUCGAUUCCGCCCAGCCAUCUCCGACCACCGCAUCCUCCCCGGCCGCCGCGGCCGCCGCGCCCUCCACUCCUGAAGCCGAAUCCGCUCAGCCCGUGAACCGGAAGAAGCAGAAGCGGCGUGCAAAGGCCGCGGCGAAGGCGGCCGCCGAGCAAGCUCAGACCAACCAGGCCGUCAACGGCAUCCCGAGCCCGCCUCGCACCAACGACCAGCAGUCGGCUGACGCCGAUCCAGAGGACGAUGAAGAAGAUCCGAUUGCUGGCCAGGAAUUCCCGAACCAACCGCCGUACCAGAACGGGGCUCCGCAGGGCACGUCUGGGAAGACGAAGAAGUCGAAAAAGAAAAAGAAAAAGAGUGCCACAGCAUCGAGCGCCGACUUGCCUCACAACGAUAACCAGUACUCCCAGCGCGCUCAAGGUCACUUCCCCGCCCCCGCGCCGCCGCCGCCACCGCCCCCGCAGCACGAACGCUCCGGCAUGUCCAGGGAAAAGAUAUGGAAUACGAACUCGCAAGAGGAGCGCGAGCGGAUCAAGGAGUUUUGGCUUGGGUUGAGCGAGACCGAGCGCAAAUCCCUGGUCAAGGUUGAAAAGGACGCUGUGCUCAAAAAGAUGAAGGAGCAGCAGAAGCAUACGUGCAGUUGCACCGUGUGUGGGAGGAAGCGAACCGCGAUCGAAGAGGAACUCGAGGGCCUGUACGACGCUUAUUAUGAGGAGCUGGAGCAGUACGCCAACCACCCCAACCAGGGCGAGGGGCCUCCAAUGCUGCGACCCCGCAGGUCGUUUGGCUCCAUGGGUGGGAUGAGGCCGCGCGGGCUUCACUCCCGCUUUUCCAACCACCAGCCGUCCCAUGGGCGCAUCAUGGACCCCGUGGCGGAUUACGAAGAAGACGAAGCCGAACUCGAGGAUGAGGGCGAAGAGGAGGACGAGGCCGAGGAGGUCUACAGUGAGGAAGAGCUGGAAGACGACAUGUACAGCGAAGAAGAGCAAGAGCCCUCGGAAGAACUGCACCGAUCCGACUAUGCGGCCGACUUCUUCAAUUUCGGGAACAGCCUGACUGUGCAGGGUAGGGACAGAUUUCCCAUCCUUCCAUCAUUCUUACAGAGUUAUCCCUUUUCGGGGGCUGGCAAUAACGCUUAUGGCUCAUCUUCUCUAGGCGGCAUCUUGACGGUGGCCGACGACCUGCUUAAGAAUGACGGCAAAAAGUUCAUCGAGAUGAUGGAGCAGCUCGCAGAGCGCCGCAUGGCCCGGGAAGAGGAUGCCAGGGGGCAGUUCGAGCGGGGCUACGACCAUACGAAUGGCGACCGCUACGGCCAUAGCCAUCCUCCACCGCCUGACGAUGAAGAGUUUGAGGACGAGGAGGAAGAGUAUGAUGAAGAUGAGGAGGAAGAAUACGACAGCCAGGAGGAAGAGGAUACCAUGACGGAAGAGCAGCGCAUGGAGGAAGGCAGGAGGAUGUUCCAAAUCUUUGCCGCUCGGAUGUUUGAGCAAAGGGUUCUUACAGCCUACCGAGAGAAGGUCGCGAAGGAGCGCCAGGCUAAACUCCUCGAGGAGCUCGAGGCCGAAAAUCAGCAAGAUGCCCAGCGAAAAGCAAAGAAAGCCAAGGAAGCGCAGAAACGAAAGGAGAAGGCCGCCAAGAAGAAGGAGGCCCAGGCCGAAGAGAAGGCACGGAGAGAGGCAGAGAAGGCGGCCCAAGAAGCGGCUCGCCGCGCCGAGGAAGCCCGCAAGGCGGAAGAACAGCGACUCAAGGCCGAGGAAAAGCGGAAGAAGAGGGAAGCCCAGCGCAAAGCAGAGGAGGAGGAGCGCCAGCGUAAGGAAGCAGAGCGCCUACGCAAGAUCCAAGAGCGGGAAGAAGCCGAGCGCAAGGCUCGUGAGGCUAGGGAACGCGAGAAGAAGGCUCGCGAGGAGGCACGUUUAAAGGAGAAGGAAGCCCGCGAGCAAAAGGAGCGUGAAGCACGGGAAAGGAGAGAGCAGCGAGAGCGUGAGCGUCGAGAGAAGGAUGCCAAGGCGAAAGUUGAGCGGGAGGACAAGGAGGCCAAGGAGGCAAAGGAGGGAAAAGAUGCCAUGGAGAAACGGAAAAAUGAGGAGAAAGCCGCCCAGGCGGUUUCCGGACCCGUCACUCUUCCGAGACGAGCGCCCACCCAGCAACCACCCCCACCCGUUGUCGCCCCUGUGCCAGCGCUCCCGCAGCAGACCCCGACGUCCUUCGCCUCGCCCCUAAUUCCCGUGGCGACGCCGGCGUUUACAAAGGCUCCGACUCCAAUGCGAGCACGCCAAGCAUCGCAACAGGAGAGCUCCGCAGCUUCUUCAGGGGCGGCAUCACACUCUGGCUCUGCGGGCAGCCAAAACCCAUCCCCUCACCCCAUCACACCGGUACAUGCGAGCCCAGGGCCUAUAGCACCUCCCAGCAAGAGUGGGGGUACAGGAACCAGCUUGCAGACUGGCACCCAUCCCCCGUCCUACACGGCGUCUCCAAUUGGUGUCCCAGCAAAAUCAAUGCCCCCGCAGCACGGCCCUUUUGGCAUUCCCUCUAUGGGUGGCGCCAUGUCGUUCCCGCCAGGCCUGCCUCAAAUGUCUCCUGGGUUCGGUAACCCUCCGCACCGCGAUCCAUUGUUCCCUCCCAUGCCUGGGUUUAGGCCGGCGCCGGGUAUGAUGCCCAUGCCGCCUGGGUUUGGCGGGCCGGUCGGAAAUCGAGGGUUCCCCGUGCAUCCGCCGCCAGGGUUUCACGGAAUAGAGUCUCCGACGCCCACUAUGGCCCAGAUCAUGAGUCCUGGCAUGCAGAAGGAUAGCCCGUCGCCCCACUCCCGUCAGAAUUCUGCCAGCUUUGACGCGGGUGCGCCACAGCCCGCCAGCCGGCCCACACCGAUAGGGCGGCCAGCUAGCGUGGUUCAAGGCCAGCGACCCUCGAGCGAAUCGCCACUGAGUGGGCUGCCGAAGUCAGAGCCCAAUGAACACCUGGGAAGCCGUGCUCUCUUGGACGACUUGGAUGAUGGCCUGCCAGAGUACCCGGGCCGUAUAUCUCGGAAUGCUUCGGCGCCCGGGCCCCGGCCGGCGCCUGGGUUUCCCAUGCCCCCUUUCGGAAUGGAUCCCAUAUUCUCGCAUAACCCGUGGGGUCCACCAGGCCCGAUGCCGCUACAACCCAACUUAUUCAGCGCUCUCCCGCCACCAGGGUUCGGCCACAGCCCAUUGAGCAUCCAUGGCCCGAUGGGCAUGCCGUGGGGCAAUCCAGUGCCGUCAGGAUCGACGUUUGGGGGACAGGGCGUCGCCGACAGGCCCACCAUCCCAAGAACGGUGGCUGUGCGGAAGAUGCUCCGUCGUGCGUACGAGGAUCUUGCCAAUGCCGAAAGCAAAAAGGCAGAGGGCGGCGGCGACUUGUUCAUCCCGCUGGCCAGGAUCAAGACGCAAGUGGAGAUGCUCAAUCACGGCCAUGCUGUCGAUGAGAAAGAACUGCUCGACAUUUGCGAGACCGAAGGCAACGAGAACAACGGCGGCGGCAGCUUUGACGUGCGAGAGGACGACCAAGGGAUCAAGUCGAUCAGGUUCGUCGCGGGUAACGACCGGCCGACGCCGCAGCCGCUCCAGAAGGCGGUUGGCUACCACCACCCUGGUAGUCCCCUCGGCAGCCAACCGGCGCAGAAGGUUGUUGGGCAUUCUCAUGAUAGUCCGAUCGGUGGCAGCCGUUAG